UUUUGUUAUCAGUCAGCCAUGCAUAAAAUGGCAAGAAAAUUAUCUAGUUUUAAAGUGUAUUAUUGUUUCAGAAAACAAUGGCACCCUAAUCUACUGGAGCAAAUCCUCGAAAUGAGUCGAAAUUGCGGAUUUUGUACAACAGGCGACGGUGCAUUUACGUGCCCGCGUUGCAACAAGGACUACUGUGGAUUGAAGUGCUAUCAAUCGAUUAAUCACCAACGAUGUAGCGAAGAUUUCUAUAAAGAAUGUGUAAAAGCAGAAUUAGUGGGAGAUAAUUUGAGUGAUGAGUCUAAAGCCCGAAUGCAUCAAAUUCUCCAGAGAAUGGCGAAUAGCGGAGAAGAGAGUGAUUCCGAUAUUGAUUCCGAUGAUGAUGAUGACGAUAUCGAUCUAGCAGAACGAUUAAAAGGAAUAGAUCUUGAGGAUACAGAGACGGUCUGGAACCUUCUCUCUAGUCAGGAGAGAAGAGAGUUUAACCAACUUCUGGAGAAGGGAGAUGUUACCAAUCUCUUACCAGAGUACACACCUUGGUGGAUAAAUAGAUACGAGUGUCCAAAAAUCCAAGAGUUAGAUGCACCCAGGAACGAGGAUUAUAAAAAAUCUUGUCCAGCAAUAUGGGAAAAUAUUCCAAAAUUUCAUGAGAUAUUUAGCGGGAAACCGUCGCAGUUCAUACAGUACGGAGUUCUUAAUCUAGUUUACGCCUUCGCUUACGCAGUCAGGUUUCAUUAUGGUGACUAUUCUAACUGUAGUUUGGAAUUUGUCCAUAUUGUUCAAUCUCUUGCGAACUCAUUAAAGGGUGUAAACUAUGACCUGGCGGAUACAGCUGUUGAAGCAGCGGCGAGUGCGGUCAACCUCAACCCUCACCUGGCCGUAUCUCUAGAAUUUUCGAGGUCCGUGAAGAAGGAUGUGUAUCAGAUUGUUAAAGGACCAUGCGAAGACGACAAUCAAUAUUAUCUUUUAGCUUGUUUGUCUGAACUAAGGGAACAGUACAAAUCCGCUAUAAAACUGGUUAAAUCUGGUAAUUCAAGGAACCAGAAACCCUCCAGGUUUGCUCAGAAACUGCCAGAUUUAGAUCCAAAACUGUUGAAAGUUCAACUUAAAAAGAUUGAAUUCUAUUUAUCCUGGGCCGCUGAGAAUAAAACUGCGUUUUCUGACAUGUGAUUUAAAUAAACUUGAUAAAAAUAUAUAUAUUUUUUAAUUAAUUUAAUUUCAGA